CCCACAGGGACGGAGGACCCACCCGCGGCGUCCGGGCCGCACCACGCCCCCGCCUGUGGACUUCACCUCCUGCCCGGGCGCCCCACUCCCAAACGUGAGAAAAACUGGCUUCACUGCCUUCCCAUUGCUUUUAUGAGGAAUUUCACGUCCUCCCUGUUUACGCUGGCGCCGCGUUAUCUCGCUUAAUUCUGCAUUUUGUACGUAGAACAAUAGAGACUUCCGUCUGUGAAGGGUAACUCCUGGGUCACAGUGAAUUAGUGACCAGGCAGGAUUCCAGAGGCCUUUCCUUCCCACUUCCACCGUGAAUUCCAACUUAAAAUGCAAGCCAUGUGCAGAGAAUGAACCGAAAGCCAGAAAUUUAAGGAGCUUGCCCAUGUAUACCGUAGAGCUAGGUGCUGUCUCACAUUAUUUCAUUUACUCAAAGGAAAUCAGAUUUGAGGGAGAUAAUGUAAUAUUUUGUCUUGUUUCAGAGCCACCAACUAUUACAGAAGAAGAAUUUGAAGAUUCCCUGACAACAGACGAUUUUCUUGUAGACUACUUCAAUGAAUUCCUAAGCCUUCCAACCUUUUCAGAAGCAAUUAGAUUUAAUGCAGAUUAUGGAGUUUUUGAAGUAGUUAAUGAUGCUCCACAACUUCUGGAAAAACAACUAAAAAAAAUUUUACUGAACCAGCGACCUCGAAAUCCCAUUUAUGAUGUUGUAAGGAAAGGAAAGAAUGAGGUUAAACCUGUUCAGAUGAAUACCCCCCAUGAAGAUGAGACCAUUAAUGUCAACUACAAUAUUAUGUGUCUCAGUCAUGAAGAAGGUAUUAAGUGGAUCAAAAAAGAAAGACUUCCAGCAUUUCUGGAAAGUGAUUGCUACUUUGAAUACAGGUUAGCUAAAUUGGUCUCACAAGUAAGAUGGAGCAAGUCCGGCAUGAAUUUCACAGUAGGAUCAAAUUUUUCUCCCUGGAUCAUGAAAAAACCACCCAGUCUACCACCUCCUGCCACUGAAGAAGAUAAUCUUAUAAUUAAGAAAAAGUUCUACAUAUCACUUGGCGAGGCUUCCUAUACUCAAACAAAAAAUUGGUUUGCAUUAGCAAAACAAAGUCAGCAAACAGUAUCAACCUUUUCAUUACCCUGUUGUGUACCCUACAACAAACUUGAGUCACCAGCUAUUUCAUCUGUUUCUGAGAAUUUUAUCUUUGAUGAUGGAGUUCACCCUAGGACAAAAAACGACCCAUCUAAAACUACCAAAUUAAUUUCUGAAUUUGAAGAAGACGACGACGAAGAAGUGUCUGUAUCUCUACAAGACACUCCUUCUCAAGCUCUUUUGAGAAUAUACCUUGAAAAGAAACAGGAGGUUGAUGAAAGCCUGACAAUGCAUUUCUCAACAUGUAAAGAUUUUUUAAAUUCCUAUAUAUACUUUAUUUUGAGAAGAGCAAUUCAGCAAAUUGUUGGAAAGUCAGUUGGAGAAACUCAAGACUAUAUAAACUUCAACAAUAUAACAAAAGUGUCAUUUGGUGACGGUUUUGAGCCUAUUGCUGGCAAGAAUUUUUUAAGUGAAUUAGUUCAAACUACAAAGGAGAGGUCAGAAGAGAUAGAAGAAGAAGCAAGUUUAAGUUCAAAGAGUGAGAGCACUGGACCAGAGAGCAGGGCUGACUGGUGUGUUUCUCAUAGAACUUAUGACAUCGGCAACAGAAAGGAGUUUGAAAGAUUUAAGAAAUUUAUAAAAGGUACAUUGGGAGAGAGAUAUUGGUGGCUAUGGAUGGAUAUUGAGAGGUUAAAGGUUCUUAAGGACCCUGGAAGACAUCAAAGACAUCUUGAGAAGAUGAAAAAAUGCUAUCUAGUGAGCAAUGGAGAUUAUUACCUUUCUACAGAAAUCUUAUCAAAAUUUAAACUGUUAGAUGGAUCUCAGUGGAAUGAAGAGCAUUUAAGAAAUAUUCAGUCUGAAGUUUUAAAACCUUUACUUCUGUAUUGGGCACCAAGAUUCUGUGUUACUCAUUCAGCCUCAACAAAAUAUGCUAGUGCUGAACUGAAAUUCUGGCACCUCCGUCAAACAAAACCAAGGAAGGACAUUGACCCUUUUCCACAAAUGGCAACCCUCUUGCCAUUGAGACCCAAAUCUUGCAUUCCACAGAUACCUGAGAUGCAGAAAGAAGAAUUCAGCUUAUCACAACCUCCUAAAUCUCCCAAGAAAUCACCUGGAGUAAAUACAGCAACUCAAAAGCCUUGGAAGAGGGAGCUUUUGUAUCCAGGUUCUUCUAAGUAUGUGAUUGAGAAAGGGUCAAAGAACAUGUCAGAAAGCAGCAAAAUCAUUCAUUUAACAUCUUUUACGGACAUUUCUGAAUGUCUCAAGCCCCAGCUGGAUAGAAGAUACACUUAUACAGAAGAGCCUAAGGUUAAAACCAUGACAGAUGUUGGCGCCUUGGGAGGAUUUGACAUGGAAAAUUUGUUGCAAUCUUUGUAUGUGGAAAAUAGAGCUGGAUUCUUCUUUACUAAAUUCUGUGAGCAUUCAGGGAACAAGUUGUGGAAGAACAGUGUGUACUUUUGGUUUGACCUGCAGGCUUAUCAUCAGCUUUUCUACCAGGAAACACUUCAGCCUUUUAAAGUAUGCAAGCAAGCACAAUAUCUUUUUGCCACAUAUGUUGCUCCUUCUGCCACCCUUGACAUUGGACUCCAACAGGAAAAGAAAAAAGAAAUUUAUAUGAAAAUACAGCCACCAUUUGAAGACCUUUUUGACACAGCAGAGGAAUAUAUCCUUCUCCUCCUUCUUGAGCCAUGGACAAAGAUGGUAAAAUCAGACCAAACUGCUUAUAAAAAGGUGGAGCUGGUGGAAGAAACUCGACAGUUAGACUCCACAUACUUCAGAAAGCUACAGGCUUUGCAUAAAGAGACAUUUUCCAAGAAAGCUGAGGACACCAGUUGUGAAAUUGGAACUGGCAUUUUGUCACUCUCUAACGUCUCUAAACGAACAGAGUGUUGGGAUAAUGUUCCUGCAGAAUACAAGCAUUUUAAGUUUAGUGAUCUGCUUAACAACAAACUGGAGUUUGAACAUUUCCGUCAGUUUCUUGAGAAUCAUUCUUCAAGCAUGGAUCUUAUGUGCUGGACAGAUAUUGAGCAGUUCCGGGCAAUAACUUACAGAGAUCGAAAUCAAAGGGAGGCAAAAGCUAUAUACAUUAAAAACAAAUACCUUAAUAAAAAAUAUUUCUUUGGACCCAACAGUCCAGCGUCUCUGUAUCAGCAGAACCAGGUAAUGCAUUUCAGUGGUGGCUGGGGUAAGCUUCUCCAUGAGCAGCUUGAUGCACCUGUCCUAGUUGAAAUCCAGAAGCACGUCCAAAAUAGGCUAGAAAAUGUAUGGCUGCCAUUGUUUCUUGCAAGUGAACAGUUUGCAGCACGUCAAAAGAUAAAGGUACAGAUGAAAGACAUAGCAGAAGAGCUGUUACUACAGAAGCCCGAAAAGAAAAUCGGGGUCUGGAAGGCAAUGAAGAGUAAGAGUGAGCUCUGGAAUGAUAAUACAGGUAGAGCAUUCCAAGACUUGUGCCAUUCUCAUUGCGAUGAGUCUGUCAUCCAGAAGAAGAUUACAACUAUUAUCAACUGCUUUAUUAACUCCAAUAUUCCACCAGCUUUACAAAUUGACAUUCCAGUAGAGCAAGCCCAGAAGAUUAUUGAACACCAGAAGGAAUUAGGACCAUAUGUAUUUAGAGAGGCACAGAUGACAAUUUUUGGGGUUCUGUUUAAAUUCUGGCCUCAGUUCUGUGAGUUUAGGAAGAACUUAACAGAUGAAAAUAUUAUGAGUGUUUUAGAGAGAAGACAAGAAUAUAAUAAGCAGAAAAAAAAAUUGGCAGUCCUAGAAGACGAAAAAUCUGGAAAGGAUGGAAUCAAACCAUAUGCAGAUGCUUCAGUGCCUGAUAUCAAAACUGCUUUACUCAGUGAUUCCUUCCUAGGCCUCCAAGCAUAUGGCCGACAGCCAACCUGGUGCUACUCAAAGUAUAUAGAAGCCUUAGAACAGGAGAGAAUUCUUCUUAAGAUCCAAGAAGAACUAGAAAAAAAGUUAUUUGCAGGCUUGCAACCUCUCACAAAUUUUAAGCCUAGUGCUUCAACUAUGUCUUUGAAAAAGACUAUGUCUGCCCACAGCAGCCAGAAGUGACAGCAUUCAUGUCAGUGUUUACAUCCUGCUGCUGAUAGGUUCAAGGAAUUCUUUCAACCAGAGUUUGCUGACAUGAGAAGUUCCAGUGAUUUGUUUUUUGAUGAUCUGUAACAGAACAAGCCUAACAUCUAAAUAAAGUUUGAUUCUGGAUUAUCCAGGUGGGAAACAAAUAAAGAAAAUUUGAUUUGUCUUA